AUGGAUAGUGUGAAUCCAAAGCAUCGAUGUGAGGGCAGUGAGACUGAAACUGAACAGCCUGCACCCUUUAAUGGCAAAAGCACUGAAGAACAAGAUAUGCCGCCAAAUGAAAUUGCCCCACAGAAUCGAUGUGAGGGCAGUGACACUGAAACUGAACAGCCUGCACCCUUUAUAGUCAAAGGCACUGAAGAACAAGAUAAGCCACCAAAUGAAAUUGCCCCACAGAAUCGAUGUGAGGGCAGUGACACUGAAACUGAACAGCCUGCACCCUUUAAAGGCAAAGGCACUAAAGAACAAGAUAAGCCACCAAAUGAAAUUGCCCCACAGAAUCGAUGUGAGGGCAGUGACACUGAAACUGAACAGCCUGCACCCUUUAAAGGCAAAGGCACUAAAGAACAAGAUAAGCCACCAAAUGAAAUUGCCCCACAGAAUCGAUGUGAGGGCAGUGACACUGAAACUGAACAGCCUGCACCCUUUAAAGGCAAAGGCACUGAAGAACAAGAUAAGCCACCAAAUGAAAUUGCCCCACAGAAUCGAUGUGAGGGCAGUGACACUGAAACUGAACAGCCUGCACCCUUUAAAGGCAAAGGCACUAAAGAACAAGAUAAGCCACCAAAUGAAAUUGCCCCACAGAAUCGAUGUGAGGGCAGUGACACUGAAACUGAACAGCCUGCACCCUUUAAAGGCAAAAGCACUGAAGAACAAGAUAAGCCGCCAAAUGAAAUUGCCCCACAGAAUCGAUGUGAGGGCAGUGACACUGAAACUGAACAGCCUGCACCCUUUAAAGGCAAAGGCACUGAAGAACAAGAUAUGCCACCAAAUGAAAUUGCCCCACAGAAUCGAUGUGAGGGCAGUGACACUGAAACUGAACAGCCUGCACCCUUUAAAGGCAAAAGCACUGAAGAACAAGAUAAGCCGCCAAAUGAAAUUGCCCCACAGAAUCGAUGUGAGGGCAGUGACACUGAAACUGAACAGCCUGCACCCUUUAAAGGCAAAGGCACUGAAGAACAAGAUAAGCCACCAAAUGAAAUUGCCCCACAGAAUCGAUGUGAGGGCAGUGACACUGAAACUGAACAGCCUGCACCCUUUAAAGGCAAAGGCACUAAAGAACAAGAUAAGCCACCAAAUGAAAUUGCCCCACAGAAUCGAUGUGAGGGCAGUGACACUGAAACUGAACAGCCUGCACCCUUUAAAGGCAAAGGCACUGAAGAACAAGAUAAGCCACCAAAUGAAAUUGCCCCACAGGAUCGAUGUGAGGGUAGCUUUGAUUAUGAUAUUGCAGAGUCUAUGCAUGAGGCAGAUGCUGAAUUUGAUGAAAGGAUGUGGUCUUUACACCAUAAAGAACAAGAAAAAAAAGAGGUACUUAGGAUGAUGAAAGAAAAUGAAUUAAAGAAUAAAAUGUUCAUGGAAAUUGAUGAGAUGCAGAAAGAAGCUGAAAAAGAAAUAGAGCUACACAGAAAACGCGUGGAAGUUAAAUAUAAGUAUAAUUUAUUAAACUUUAUGCAUAACAGUAAAUAA